AUGGAACCUAAAUUCCCCCUCGAAUUACAAUCCGAAACCUUCAGGAUUCUCAGCUCCAACGACGACACCGCCAUGGAAAUUCUCUUCUCUCAUCUGUACGAUCCUCAACAAAACCAAAAUCAAUCUCAAGCUCUCACGUUCCUCCAAUGCUGCAAACACCACCACCCCGAUCUCCUCAUGAUCAAACUCUUUUUCCUCCUUACCUCCAGCCCCGAAAUCCCCACGCGCACCAACGCCGCACGCGCUCUUCUUUCCGUCCAACCCGCUGAACUUUGGCCCAAGUUACGCCCUCAGGCCCAGUCUCGUCUUCAGGCCCAUUUCAUUAACUAUCUCACCGAAGAGACUUCAAUCCACGUCCUUAGACUCGCGUCAACCAUCCUCUCACAAACCGUUUCGGUUAUAUACAAAUCUCAACAACACUGGAACGAGAUUAUCGAUUUUCUUCUCUCCUCCGUUAAUUCAAACGACGAAAAGCUUAUAGAAUUCUCUCUUCUAGUCUUCUCUUCACUCUCUAAUGACUGUCGCUUAAGCCUCGCCAAAUCUCUAAACGGCCGUGUUCGUCUACUUCAUUCAUCUUUUCUGGCCUCUCUCACUUCCCGGAACCCUACCGUGCAGGUUGCGGCAUUCGCGGCGGUGGUGAACUUGAUUUCUUUGUUUUCUGAUAAUCAGCUUUUUCACGAAGUUCUUAGAGCGAUGAUGGUUGCUGUGUUUGCACUCUUGCAUGGCUUCGAGAGAAGCCAUUUCAAAAGUGCUUUUGCUGAGUUGGUUAAGCUUGUGUCUGCUGAGCCUGUUCUGUUGAAGCCUUACAUGAGUGAUAUGGUUCUCGACGCGCUUCAGAUCGCGGAGAAUUGCGGUGUUACGGAGGAAACACGACGUUUGGCUUUUGAAUUGGUUCUCGCAAUGGCUGAGUUGAAGGAAAGCGAGCAGGUGAUGGCGAGUCUUUCGCAUGAAAUGGUGGUUAGGUUGUUUAUCGUUCCGAUGAAGACUUUGGUCCUGUAUGUUAAAGACGAUGGUAAUGGUAACGGUGCUGAUUGUGCUGCUGAUCGUAAGAUGGAAGAUCCGGAGAAGGAAAAGGUGGAUGGUGCGUAUGAAUUUGGAAUCAAGUGUUUGAAGAAGCUUUGUGUUGCGUUUGGAGAAACCAAAGUUGUGGGUGUUGUUUAUGAACUGUUAACUAAUUAUUACUUGGAUUCAACGGAUUGGAAAAUGCGACUCGCAGGAAUUACACUGCUCAGUGAAAUUGCCAAAGAUUUCUCGGAUGAAAUGGUUAUGAAGGAUAACUUUUUAGAAGAAAUUGUGUUCCGAAUUUUGAAGUUAUUCCAAGACUCUCAUGUUCAAGUUCGGUUGGCAGCUUUUACUUUGAUGGAGAUGCCUAUAAUUUUUGUCCAAACGGCUCAACUUCUUUAUCAUCAUAGGUUUGUGCAUGCUUUUUCCGCUGCACUUGGUAGUGAUGGAGACAACAAAGUGAAGGAACAAGCUGCCUCAGCAAUGUUAUACUUUCUGAAGAACACUCUUCCAGAAAGCUUAUUAUUAUACCAGAAUGCGGAUAAUCUAAUGAACAAAAUGUUAUCAUCAAUUCAGGAUAAAGGAAAUGCUAAGCAAAGAAGGAUUGUUUUGUCAGCUUUUAACAUAGUUUCACAACGUUGUCAUGAAGUAGCUCACAAGUAUUUUGCGAAUUACCUUCCUAUAUUACUGGAAGCAUGCACCGAUAAAAAUUCUGAAAUCAAGGAGGAAGCAGCAAGGGGAAUUAGAAUUUGUGCCGAGUUUGGAACACCAAAUUUCAAGCCUUUUAUCAAUAUGAUAUUGUCAGCACUCAGUAAUUUAUUGAAAGAUCGCAAUGCAUCGAAUUCAGAGAACGCAACAAGUGAUGUUGCUGUUUCUGCUCUAGGAAGAAUUUGUGAAUUCCAUCGUGAUAGCAUUGAUGUCACCACGGCUGUUCCUGCCUGGUUAAGUUUCUUGCCACUUAAAGAUGAUUUGGCUGAAGCCAAAAUUAUGCAUGAACAGCUCUGUUCGAUGGUUGCAAGAUUAGAUACGGCUCUUUUAGGAGCUGGUAAUCAAAAUCUUACUAAGAUUAUUGCCGUGUUUCUUGAAGUUAUUGAAAAGGGUGACAAAUUGGCUACAGAAGAAACAAUCACCCAGAUGAAAAGUUUGCUGAGACAGCUCGCGCAGAACAUUCCUUCUAAUACGUUUGAGACAAUUUUACUGUCUCUGAGUGCUCAACAACGGGAAUUAUUGUUGCCAUUUCUAUCAUCAUUCUAG